UUCUUGAAUUAUUUUUCCCCAUUUUGUGUGAAAGAAAGCUUUAAAGUCUGAUUCUUGCCUAGUUGAAAAAUACAUGAUUGUAGUAAGCUAGGUUUUAAUAUCAAGUUAGGACGUUAAAGAUCCAGGGAAAAGGGAAAAAGUGAGGAGCAGUUCUCACAAAAACUGUUGAUCAAUAAUUUGUUGUUAGCUGACUGUUGGCUAAAGUUAAACACUUGCUGUCUGCCGACUGUUGGCCAGCAAUCAGUGAUAUUCAUGACAGUAAUCUAUUUGCAUUAAAUACAAAUUGAACGGAUUACUGUCAAUCAAAUUUUGAUUCUAUGCAGCCACCAACAGGACUACCCUCAGCAAGACAAUCACAUAGGAGAACUUCUCAAGUCUUCUCGCUCAGGGUUCAGGCCAUUUACUUUGUCUGAUUACUGUUUUCCAGGUGGGAAAUGAUUGCAUGGUGGAUGAGAGUGUAUCUAUAGGAGAAAAAGUUUCAAUAAAGAAAUCUGUAAUAGGAAAACACACAACCAUAGGAGAGAAAGUCAAGAUUAGCAACUCUGUGAUUAUGGAUCAUGUAACAAUAACAGAGGGUUGCAACAUCCAGGGAAGUAUUAUCUGUACAAAUGCAUAUGUCAAGAAAAAUGCCAGCCUUAAGGACUGUCAAGUUGGAGACUCACACACCAUUGCUGAGGGAGCUGAUCUCAAGGGAGAAGCUUUGAUUGCUGAACAAAUGAUGGACUUUGAAUAAAAAAAGGACAGAAGUUUCAGCAGCAAAUCUGUGGAAAUCUUUUUGUGGGAUGACCAAAGAAGCCUUGAACUAUUCUCAUAAUUUUAAAUGUAUGAGCCCAAAGAGCAAAAACAAUAUUUCUCUACCAAGCUGGUAUUUGAGAUGUAACUACCAUUUUUCUUUUCCAGGGGCCCACUUUUUGAAAGCCCUGGAAACUUUUCAGGCCAGAAAAGCCAUUUUUA